UACAUCUAAUUUUUAUUAAAAUAUGUUGUAUUUCUAGCAGUGAUGCCAAUAUGGGGGGUUUCUCCCAAGUUUUGGGAAUCAAGAUUUCUAGGGGUUUAUUUAGGGGGAUUUUAGAGUUUUCUUUUUUUUUUAAACUGCACGAUUCAAAACUAAACCAAAUUUAAACUGCAAGCGUGGCUUUAACUGAAAUAUUAAAAAGCUAUAUUACUCCCAGGAUAAAAAUAGCACCUAUUGAAUACUACUUGAAUGUAUUAAAAUGCAUUUGAAAUCUCCUCUUAAAACUAGUGUACAAAAUAAUUAUAUAAGGGGUAUGUGAAUUUUGAAGUUGGUCCUAGGGGGAACAUUCUGUAGGAGUUGGCAUCACUGAUUUAUAGUAGACUGUGCAUUCCUAUUCUUGUUCUUGCUUUAAUGCUUCAGAGUCCUAUCAAAUUAUCAAACUAGAGGUAGAAACAUCUUUUUAGAAUUAAUUUGAAAACUUUAUUACCUUUAAAAUGGAUCAAAAUAUGGAUAUUGUGAAUCUUAUAUCAUCACUGUUAGAUGAAGGAAAAUAUAAAGAAGUUCUAACUGUACCUAAAGAAGAAAAGUUUUUUAACAAUUUUAGAGAUAAUUGUUGGGACCUCAUAUCCAUUGUAGUCAGCAAAAUUCAAAACGAUACAAUCACAUUAAAGCCUUCCUUAUAUGGUACUUGUGAGCAGCUUCUUUCACUAAUUAUCGAAAGUGGACACCAUGAGGAAGCAUUGUUGGAAUUUAUUGAACAGAUUGAAGUUGCCAAAAAUGAUGCACAAUUUAGUAUAAUUUUAAAUCCAUUACAACAGCUACUAAUAAAAUUAUAUAAAAAAAGAGGAAGGACAUUAGAAUGUUGCUUGAACUCGAUUAGUACUUACAUAGAAGCUAUUCCAAUACCAGACCUUAAUUUAGAAGGAAAAGAAAGAUUGUUAAUGGAUAGUGAUCCUAAUGUAAGGAGGAUAAUUAAUGUUUACUCACUUUUGCCUCCAUUUUACCAGCCUUUUAUUAAAGAAUUAAAAACUGACUAUAAUGAAAACACUGGUCAUAUAAUAGCAUCUUUUCUCAUAAGCCUGCUUGGGAAACCAUUUGUAUAUAUUGAUUUAGAUCCUGAAUAUAAUUACAAUGGACAGUUUCGACAAUGCUGUUCGACUAUUACAGAAGAUAUUUGCUUUCUUUUAAAAAAUAUUUUAAAACUAUUUCCUUAUUUAGAAGACUGUUAUAAAGAAAGCCAGAAAUAUCAGGGCAAAACAAGAGAAUCUAUUAAUGAUGAUUUUGAGGAUCCAUUUAAACAUAAGGAAAAAAUUAAUUUAACAACUUUGUCUGGAUUGUACUAUAUAAUAUUCUCAGAAGAUUUUGUAGUACCAGAUUUUGCAGUACCUCAUAUUUACUCAAAUCAAUAUAUAACACAUAUCAUUCUAAUAAGUGUUGUACACUUACUAACUUUUGUUGAAUACAGCCCUCAAACAAAAGCACUAUCACUUGGUACCAGUAUUCUUAAGAGAUUUCCAGACAAUGCAUCACACUCUCUGCUAACUGUGCCUAUUCAUUUUAAAUUAUGUAAAAUAUUAAUAAAUGUCUCUAUAUAUUCUAAUUACGAUGGUAACCGGAAACAAGCUGUAAAAUUGAUAGAAAUGUAUGUUAAUAAAUUUAACUACAGGGGUAGAAUUUCAAUUUUAAAAUAUAUUAUUGACAAUGCCAACCAUUCGGGUAUGAUUGGAUAUGCUAUAACUUUGUAUAAAAAUUCAUUAGAUCAGGCUCUAAAAAUAUUUGAUUUACCAGAAUGUUUUACGGGUGCACAUUUGCACUCUAUGAUUAAGAAAAUUUGCUAUCUCCCAUAUGGUGAAGAGUCUGAUUUGGUUGAAUUAGCUGAUCAAAUCAUUAGUGCAUUGAAUUUUUUAAGAUAUAUUGCUUUAAAAGAUAUAGAAAACAAAACAGGAAUAAGGGAAUGUUUCACUUUUAUAGAAGCAGACUAUUUACAUAAAUUACGUACUGGUCUUAAUAUGUCUAAAGCACAUUAUGAAGCCAAAUUGAAAGAAAUUGAUGAUUGUAAGAAAGUUCAGAAUAAAAAUGUUGAAGUUCAAAUUAACAUUGCAGGAACAAUGCUUGAUACAAUUCCUACAAAGAACAAGAAAGAUAUCAUAAAUUCUGCAUUGAAUGCUUUCCAUUUGAUAGAAGGUCUUGUUGGGCGUUUAACUGAAUGUAUUAUCUUAAAUAAAGCACAAAAUAAUACUCAAAAAUAAAAAUUAUUACUGGAUGUAACAUUAAUAAAUACCUAUAAUUUUUAAA